AUGGAAAAUAGCAUGAUGUUUAUAUCGCGUUCCUUGCGGAGACCCGUUACUGCUUUGAACUGCAAUUUACAAAGCGUUAGAACAGUCAUAUACCUUCAUAAGGGUCCGAGAAUUAAUGGUUUGAGACGAGAUCCAGAGUCGUACUUGAGAAAUCCUAGCGGGGUACUCUUUACUGAAGUUAACGCAAAAGAGUGUCAAGACAAAGUUAGAUCCAUACUACAAUUGCCCAAGUACGGAAUAAAUUUAUCAAACGAACUGAUUUUGCAGUGUUUAACACAUAAGUCGUUCGCACACGGGUCAAAGCCAUACAACGAAAAACUGAAUCUGCUAGGAGCACAGUUUUUGAAACUACAGACGUGCAUUCAUUCGUUAAAGAAUGGUUCGCCGGCCGAGAGUUGCGAGAACGGGCAACUUUCUUUGCAGUUCAGCAAUCUGGGAACAAAAUUCGCUAAGGAAUUAACGUCCAAAAACACAGCAUGCACAUUCGUUAAAUUACAUAAUCUAGACCCUUUCAUAUUUUGGAAGAUGAGAGACCCAAUAAAAGAUGGCCACAUAAAUGGUGAAACCACGAUUUUUGCUAGUGUCUUGAACGCAUUUAUUGGUGCAAUUCUGUCAACGAAUGGAUCUGAAAAAGCAGCUAAAUUUAUCCAAGGAAGUUUGCUGGAUAAAGAAGAUCUUCAUUCCUUGGUUAACAUUGCUAAUGAAAAUGUAGCAUCUGCAAAGGCAAAAAUAUCCGACAAGGAAAAUAAAGCAUUUCUGUGA